ACAGUAUGUUAAUUGCUCUAGCCCUGUAGUGUCUGGAGCAAGGCCCUAUAUAUAUAUACCCCUAUAUAUGGUCUGGAGCAAGGCUGGAGUAAUAAUAAACACAGCCAGGAACUGACGAGUGGAGAGCUUUGGAUUACACUUGUCAAUUGUCAUUGAACAUAGAAGAUGGGAAAUGCAGAUUCUAAAGCAAGUUUCAGACAAGCUCUUUUGCAGCUCACAUCAAAGUCCCAGCCAGUGGACCCCUCCGAUACCCGUUUCUGGGACCAGUUCUGGUCCGAGUCGGUAGCUUCCGUUGAAGAUGUGUUCGCCCAGACUCCAGCCGCCGACAUCCGGGCGCUGCGUGAAGAGAUGCCGGCGAACAUGGCGACUGUCUGCUUCAAGGCGGUGGAGAAGCUGCUGAAGGCCUCCGAGACGGGAUGUUCCACGCAGCAGGAACAGCAGACAGUGCUCAACUGCGUGCGCGUGCUCACACGCCUUCUACCCUACAUCUUCGAGGACUCCGACUGGAGUGGCUUCUUCUGGACGAGCGCUCGGCCAGCCGGUGAGCCGCAGGAUGGGCCCGAGCCACUGCCUCUCGCGCAGACUCUCAUGGUGGCGCUAUGUGAUCUGCUCUUCUGCCCGGAUUUUACCGUGACGCCCAGCAAGGCUGGUGCCGGCGUGGACCAGCACGAGGAUGUGCAGUCCAUCGACAGCUGUGAGUACAUCUGGGAGGCCGGCGUCGGCUUCAGCAGUCCCGUCACCCACAGUUCGGCUCACGACAGCAACCGCACCGAGAUCCUGAAGCUGCUGCUCACCUGCUUCUCACAGACUAUGUAUCUGCUGCCCAGCGACGGGGCCCAGGCCGGGCCGAACCGCUGGGUGCAGUUCUUCACGUCUGCCGAGAACCGACAUGCCCUGCCUCUGUUCACCUCGCUGCUGAACCUGGUGUGCGCCUACGACCCUGUCGGCAUGGGCCUGCCGUACAACCACCUCUUGUUUAACGACAAACGCGAGGCCCUAAUGGAGACAGCCCUGCAGAUUCUCAUUGUGACGCUCGACCAUGACUCCACUGCCAGUCGGGCUGAUGACGAGCGCUCUCCGGACAACCUGUUCAUCAACUACCUGUCACGGAUUCAUCGCGAGGAGGACUUUGACUUCAUCCUCAAAGGGUUUACUCGUCUCCUGAACAACCCGCUGACUCAGACGUACCUGCCACAUUCGACCAAGAAGGUGCACGCCCAUCAGGAGCUGUUAGUGUUCUUCUGGAAGUGUUGUGACUACAACAAGAAACUGCUCUUCUUCGUCCUCAAGUCGAGCGACGUACUACAGAUCACAGUUCCCAUUCUGUACCACUUGAACGAGUGCAGAGCCGACCAGGCACGCGUGGGUCUCAUGCACAUUGGUGUCUUCAUUCUGCUUCUGCUGAGUGGGGAGAGGAACUUUGGCGUCAGGCUGAACAAGCCCUACACGGCGGCUGUGGCCAUGGAUGUGCCCGUCUUCUCAGGAACCCAUGGCGAUCUGCUGAUCAUCGUGUUCCACAAGAUCAUCACCACGGGCCACCAGAGACUGCAGCCACUGUUCGACUGUCUGCUCACGAUCCUCGUCAACGUGUCUCCGUACCUAAAGACGCUGUCGAUGGUGUCGGCCACCAAGCUGCUCCACCUGCUGGAGGCCUUCACCACGCCGUGGUUCCUCUUCUCGGCGCCAAACAACCACCAUCUGGUGUUCUUCCUGCUGGAGAUCUUCAACAACAUCAUACAGUACCAGUUUGAUGGCAACUCCAACCUGGUUUACACUAUCAUCAGGAAGCGUCAGGUGUUUCACAACCUGGCCAACCUGCCCACGGAUCACGGCACCAUCGACAAGUCGCUCAGCAAGCGGUCCAAGGCUGAGGCGGUGCGUCAACCCUCCCUGGACGGAUCGUCUCGUGCGCCGGCCGGCGCGGCGGCGGGGCUGGCUGAACAGGGGGCGCUGAAAGCGACGCUGGCGGCCACACCGCGUAUCGACUCUAUGACUGAAAAGGAGUCAGCGCACCCACAGCCAGUGAAUAUCGCCGAGCUGAGCCUAGCUGAACCGGCCGGGGUGAGCCGACCGCAGGAAGGCAGCACCUCGGACGCCGGUCACGAGGAAACUGGAGGCGCUGCUGCCGCCGCGGGACAGGCGGGCCCGUCGACCAGCUCCCCUGGUCCCUCCAGCCCCACUCCGACCACCUCCUCGACUGCCACCUCCUCCGGUACCGGCCGAUCCGCGCCUCCGGAACGCUGGGUGCCCACCAGCCAGUGGGUGAGCUCGUGGAAGAACAAGCUGCCCCUGCAGACCAUCAUGCGCCUGCUGCAGGUGUUGGUGCCCCAGGUGGAGAAAAUCUGCAUCGACAAGGGUCUGACCGAUGAGAGCGAGAUCCUCAAGUUUCUCCAGCACGGAACUCUGGUAGGCCUGCUGCCGGUACCACACCCGAUUCUGAUCAGAAAGUACCAGGCCAACUCGGGUACCACUCUGUGGUUCAGGACCUACAUGUGGGGAGUCAUCUACCUGAGGAAUGUCGAGCCGCCAAUCUGGUUCGAUACAGACGUGAAACUCUUCGAGAUCCAGCGAAUGUAGGCGUCUUCACUUCACUGAGACGGAAGAAGGUACUUGAGCCGGCAGCCAAUGACUUGUACAUAUACCUGAUACUGAGAGAAGCAUACCUGGCGCUGAAACAGGAGUUUACCUGAUAAAGAAGUUUACCCGAGAGAGAUACCUGGGCCAGAUGUGCUUCGGACAAGGCCGAAUGUCUUAGUUAUUAAGUGCAUCAAGGAGAUGCAAUGUGUGAGUCCUGUCUGCUGAAAUCUUGGAUCUCGUGUGUGGCAUUCCAGGAUUCUGGGGCGAAUAUAUGAUGCAUCAAUAUCUAAUAGGACGAAGCGGUGGAACGUUGUGGAAUGUAUAUGAUUAUCUAUCUAUGUGACGUUGGAUCCCGGUUAUAUGGUUCAUAGCUUGAAUGUAACCUUGUAUGACUUAUUACGUGGAGUUCAUGUAUGAAGGUCUAAGAUGACGAAUAUUAGCCAAUACCCUAAUUAGCGUGGGAAGAAACCCAUAUAAAGAUGUAGCUUACUGUUGUACCCUACACCCUCAAGCGAUAGGUAUGCACCUACACAAGGUUAAAGGGAGAUAAUGAGCUUUCUUGUUUCUUAAAUAAAAAUUACUCGACAUCUAUACUAUUUCUACUGUAGUUUCUAUAAAAUAUGAAAAUUUCCUAGCACAUUUUCGUAUGUGAAAAAGGUUUUUAUUUUUGCAAAAAAGAAGCAGUACUUGCAGUACUUGUAACACCCACCGAAAUGCGUUGUCCUUCUCUAUAAAAAAGUCGCAGUAUAUGGCGCUUUUGUUUCAAACAGCGACGCUUGGGUUUUUGUUUAUGUUAUCGCCUUGUCGUUGCUUGGUUGUAAGGAUUCUAAUUUGAAUUAGAAUUAAUUCGGUUUAGAAUUAAUUAGAUUCUAAUUCGGGGGUACAUAGUGCCUACUCUUCUUUGUUUCCAAGUAUUAUUUUGCGCCACAAAUGAACGGCAUGCGCCAGAAACGCAGCCAAAUCUUGCGAUUGCGACUACGAAAUUCAUUAUUUUGGCCUCAGAGCCUGAAGCGAAAAAUACAAGCAUAUUUAUUUCAAAAAGACUUCAGGUUUGUCGAACGGUGUUAUGAGAAUUUUGAUAACAGUACUGCAUAAGUUUUUCAGUGAUGCCGCAAAAGUAUUGUAUCUAUCUUCUUUUAUUGUGCAGUCGGCGGGACCGAUUCAAAAUUGAGUCGUUGCUACUAAAAUAGCAGCAUAUGGCCUCAGAUGAUGAACAGGAAAAAUAGUUGCGUAAAUUUAGACAUAAACCACCCCCAAACCAUGAAUAUCUUUUGAAGGCACUAUAGACGACCAUUAACUAACUAGAUGUGAUGCAGAUCAAAUGUAAGGAAUACGCUCAUUUUACAAAUUAACAUGCAAGUACCAAAAAGUGAUGUAAGUACUUAUUCAACGGUCAUUUUCAGCGCUCCCCGCUAACGUGACUUCAAGUUGAGAUAUUUGCGGCAAGGUACCGAAUUGAGCAAAAUGGUUUUAAUUUACAUUAUAACUUGUUGUGUUUUGUCAGAAAAUGGUCCUAACUCAGAUUUUGUGGAAAAAGGUCAUAAUCUCCCUUUAAGGGGCUUUGGCUCAUGUAUUUUAUAUGUGCACUGUUAAAAAUGCCUAGAAAUUAUAAAGCUAGCAAGUUCGAUGGAUUAUAUGAACAGCAGCUUGGGACGAAUCUUAGCGUCACGUUGGGGAAAAGCAUGCUAGCCGUAGUGUGAGUAGCUUCCAUAUAAGCCACAGUUAUGCACGUAUACGAUUUUAUUAACGGGGAUCAGUAGCAAAGUGUGAUUUAUUUCUCCCACAUCGGGCAUGCAAUCAUCACUUGUGUAACAUUCUGAAAGGUCCAUUAUGUUAGCUUAGUUCUUGGUCAGUGUUUUUUUUGCGAUUGUUUCCAUUUCCUUCUAUUUGUGCUGCUAUAACCUAUCUUUUAUCACUAUCAGGUCGUUGCCACUAUGAAAUCGUAAAACUGUUAUAGCCAUUUUACAUUAGUGCUAUUAUGUUUUAUGAUUAUAUGGAAACUUGCUAUGGUCGUCGCAAGCGCUGUCAUUCCAUUUCUUUGAACUCAUGUGGUGUUAUACCUUUAUUGAUCUCAAAAGAGGGAACUGUCCGUUUUAGUUCCAGGGUUAAAGUUUCCCGCAUUUCUGGUGGAGAUGAAAAGUUUUCACAACGUAGAGGUUGUAUUGAGCAUGGAACAUGCAGGGUCAUUAGGUGUUGUGCCUCACUUACCUGCUAGAUAAUUGCAUCAGCCGACUUUUCAUUUGAAGCAACUGCACUUGAUCUCUUUCUUCAGUGACAAUAAUUUGAUUUUCACGAUAACACCUUGCUUGGCACUUAAUUUGUUUCAUGUUUUUUGUCUUCUUCACCCAAUUUAUGAAACCCAAAGUGUUAAAUGUUUAUUUUCGCUUGGCUAAGAGUAUGUAGGUCUCAUGCCCAGUUUCUUUAAGCUCACUUCCAUUCACUUGCCCAGUGCUUAUCGCGUGAUUGUAAAUGUUUGUCUACACGUGAUUAUGAAUGUCUUAGUAUCUACAGGAAUCUAAACACGGUUUAUGUCUUGUAGAUUGAAUAUUGUUAUUUGAUCAGCUAACGCACACAAACUGUUCGUCGUUAAAAACCAUCUCUAUCGCACUGUAUGUAAUUAUUUCAACGACGAAUUUGAAUGUGAUAAAUCGUUGUGAAUGUAUACCUUGUGUUAUGUAUGUACAAUGUGCUUCUGUGUUCCUUUAACUUUUUAUUGUGAUGUGUCAUGAUUAUAGGUAUCUUCCUUGGCACCUUUCUGGCUAUGUGAAAUGUGCAAUGAUAAAGCUUUAUUGUGUUGUCAUUCGGUGUCGGGUAGGGUAAGAAUAUAAUAUAUUUUGUCGUACUGUUGUCGAA